GUACCUAUGAAAAAAAUUAAAAAAUUAUUGCAAUCUGAUUCUAAUAGAGCCACAGUUCACACCCUGAAAAAUAAAUACGACCAAAUAUAUGUACAAGGACCUAUCUCGUAAAAAAUAAAACACCACGUAAAAUUGGGUGUCUCAAACUAAAACACAUCGGUCGUGAUUAGUAUGUUAUCAUUUGUUGAACGAUGCGUUAUAAUUAUGCCAAAAUAAAAUUACACAGGUAGACGAAGGUACCUAUUGUCCGCAGGUAGGUAUUUCUGCGUACCUACAAGAUGAAUCCAAGGUUGGUUUCUAGGCAAUUCCAAUGUCGUCUCGAGAGUGUUGCUGUUAAAACGUAGAUUGAAUGUAAAAAUUUCGGUUUUCAUAGCAUGGAAAUGGAAUUUAAAUCAAUUUUUUGGGGUUAUAUUACCCUUAAAAUUUGUUCCUCUGCUGUCGAUGCUGCGAUGGAAAUGGAAUGUAGAAUAUAUAAUUUUGAGAAAUACGAUUAUUUUACGAAUUUUUUUGUGGGUACAUUUCUCGGUAGGUGUCCAGUAUUGCCACAAUCAUUUCCAGAAUACUGUUGUUUCAAGAAUAACCUCAAUCAGACUGUUUGUUGUGACGCAGUAACGUUUUUCCUAAAAGUAGGUGCAGCGGUUAUAUUGUUUAUUGCUGUAAUCGCUUUCUGUUUUUACUGUCCAGGAUGUUUUUACUACCGGUUCGGCCGAGGUGGAAAAGUGAUUGGACCAUUUCAACCCGAACAAAAUCAAAUCGAAUCUUCGCCCAGAACUUCUACCGUCAGGCGAAAUACACAAAAUAGGCAUCUGAAAGCAGAAUCAAGUCAACAUUCGAAUAGGGAAAUAGAAACGCGAUAUUCAAAUUGGGGCACACCUGAUGCAAGUGUGAGAGCAGUAUGACGAUAGACUACUAUAAAAAGUGUUUCGAAAUGAAGUUGUAAAUAUUUGUAUAAGAAAGUACAUUGCAUAAUUUUUUGAUGAUAUUGAAAAAUUUGUAGAAACAGUCGUAUAAUGUAAAUGUGUAAAUUUUGAACUUGAAUAUUCGAAUUGUAAAAUAUGUAAUUUUUAACAUUUUCAAUUAAAAAAUCAAACAGAAAAAAUACAUUCAGGUAUAUUUGCUUGAAAUAGGUAUAAGGUAUCUCGUCAUCAGUCAUCACCUCACUCAAAUCCAAGAUCAUAUUUUUUUAUUCCCCCUCCCCUCCCAAAAAAAAGAAAUAUCAAGCACGUGAUUUCCGAGUUGGGUUCUCUGAUUUCUUUUAGUAAAUGCCAGAAUACCGAAUUGUGCAGGAUAAGUUGCCUAUCUAAGUUAAGAAGGCAUAAAAUACACGUUGAUUUUAAAAGGAACAUUGUAUAGAAUUUUUAGACCAACGACGUGGUCCUAUCUUCUCAACUUUUUUAACAAAAAAAAUGUUUCGAAUAUACCAAUAGAUUAAUAAGUGACAAAUCAAUGCCAUAAAUUGUGCUUUUUAGGUAAACUCAGUUUGAGAAUCCACCUUCACUGCUUAUAGAAUCAGAAACUGCUUUUCAUUUCAACGAGCUCUACACAAAAGAACGAAUAUUUGCCAAAUAAAAACAACAGUUUUUGUCAAAUGUCAGUCGUGGCUGAAGCCAAUACAAAGGUGAAUUUUCAGUAGGAAGCGAGUAGGAAUCUGUUCGACUUUAUAAUAUCACAGUUCAUGUUAUCAAUAAAUUAUGAGCGUUUGUGUGUUUGUUCCAAGAGCUGUGCUUUUAUAAAAAUGAGCUUUAAAUUUGUAUUAUUUUUAUCCAUAAUUAUUGUAAUUUGUUCAACUCUUGUGAAUGGAUCAAUGAACUGUACACUAUACAAUUUAAAAAUUAAAAAUUCGAAUUUCCUUCAUGAAAAAAUACACUAUUGUCCCACAUUGCAAGGAUCUGAUAGAGAAUACUGCUGUUAUGAUGAAAACCGCAAACCUUACUGUUGUACCGAAACCGAAUUUUAUUACAAUUCGUUUUUCUGCCAAUCCAAGCAUAGUGGUUACAUUGCGUUUUCAAUUUCAAUCAUUGCUCUCGUACUGAUGACCGUAGGAGGUGUAAUCGGUUGUCUUUGUCGUACUUUGACCAAGCCUUUGAAAAAUUACGAUCGAAGACCUCUAUUGUUGAGAAUUCG